AUGCAAGAUAAAAUGGAAGAACUGAAGAACGACUCGAAAUUGAAGGGUGAGUACACAGAUGAACGGAGCGCACAAACUGAUGACCUUCAACUAGUUAUGAGUCGAAUGCAUGCAGAAGAUGAGUGGAAGGAUUGGGAAGGGUCGUGCCAGGUAGUCACCCCCCGAAUCAACGACGUGGUGUAUCGGGUACGAGAACGAGGUAAGCCGCGGAUCAAAAUGAAAAUCGUACAUCUGGAUCGGAUAGCCCCUACUCAGAAACAAAGGUCAACACAACAAAGGGAAUUGGCCAAAUCGAGGACGAUAUUUGGUCUCAGUGGCGGGCAAUGUUACAGACAAGCAAGAUUCCAGACAGACAGAGGGAGAACAACGAGGAAAAAGACGAACACAGUCGACGUAGAAGUGAGAUUCGAUGGAAAGUCGUAA